AUGCCCGCACCACCAUUACUUAAGCGAGAUUGGCAAAAUGAUCGAAUUUAUCUGGUACAAUUUCCUCGUGCUGGUUGCAUACCGAGUGUUUCACCGUUCGCACUCAAGCUUGAAACAUGGCUUCGUAUAACUGGGUUACCAUAUUCUAACAUUAACAAUGAUUUUACAAAAAUGUCAAUAAAAAAGCAAAUUCCAUUCAUUGAACUCAAUGGAAGACAAAUUCCAGACAGCAACUUUUGCAUCGAACAUCUUUCCGAAUUAUUCAAGGUCGAUAUUGAUGCUAAUUUAAUAGCAGAAGAAGUUGCACAAGCUCGAGCAUUCACCGUGCUACUCGAAGAAUCUUUGAGAUGGGUAGUUGUAUAUAAUCGUGCCAAAAAUAUUAAAUUUUUUGCGACUGUCGAUGGAUUCAUUCGACAUUUCACUGGAAUUAAAAAAGUCGUCUUCAGAGAUAUAAUUAUGGACCAAUUCAAGAAAAAAAUUUGGCGAAAAUGCUAUGAGCAAGGUAUUGGUCGAUAUACACCCGCCGAAGUGGAAAAGAUUGCGCAAAAAGAUCUGAUAGCACUCUCAACCUUUCUCAGAGAUAAGCAUUUUUUCUUCGGCGCAAAACCAACUACACUUGAUGCGACAGCCUUUGGUCACCUCACACAAAUCUAUUAUACGCCUUUAGGUGCGACGCCAGAACUGAAGAAAUUCAUGGAUGAAAAAACACCCAAUUUAGUUGAAUUUAUUUGUCGCAUGAAAACAAAUUAUUGGUCUGAUUGGGAUGAAUUACUUAAGACUUUAUCAUUAAAAGCCGCCAAUUAA